UGACCCCGCCCCGGGCAGCCUCACCCCGGGACGUUCUCGGGGAGCAGGCGGCGGCGGGGCACCGAGCGCCAUGGCGGCGGUGUCACCGGUGUGCGGCUCACAGGCGUCACCGGUCGGCGCCUCGUCCCCACCGGCGCCCGCACCGGCUCCGGCCACCGGCCUGGGCCGCUGCCGCAUGGCGCUGCUGCUGGCGGUAGCCUUGGACGUGGCGGGCAUGGCGGCGCUUCUGACCGGCGUGUUCGCGCAGCUGCAGGUGCGUGGCCGCGACUUCGGGGACCUGCUCAUCUACUCUGGGGCGCUGCUGGUCUUCUUGAGCCUGCUGGGCUGGAUCCUCUGGUACACCGGCAACAUCGAGAUCUCGCGCCAGGAGCUCGAGCGCGACUACGGCCUGAGGCCCUCGGCGAUCGCACGCCUUGCGCGCAAGCUGUCCCGCCGCUGGUCGGCGCCCGCCACCGCCGGUCCCCGGGCGUCACCGGGUCUCCGCGCAGCGCGCAGAGCCGCCCGCACGCCCCAGACGUCCGCCUCCGGCUCCCGCCGGGUGCGUCUGCAGCUCGCCACGCUCGAGGCGGGGCCUGGAGCGGCGGGCGCGGGCAGCGAGUGAGCCCCAGACAGCCUCAUCCCCCCGGACCUACAGAUGCGCAGCUGCCCCGGACAUCACGCAGCCACCAGGAUACCCGCCUGUUCUCUCACUUGGAUAAAUGUCUCGGUUUUGGA